UCAACUUCCUCCCAUUGCUAGCGAAGAUCAAUUUCGUUCUUGCUCUCAAUUUGAUUCCAUCCGUCGUUUUGGUCCCUACGCUUCUGAUUCGAUCCACUUCGUCCGGUUCAUUUUCAGACGAUGAGCCUCUAAACCCUUGUGGAGGGUCUUGCUCGGAGUGAGGGUUAGAGUGAGUUUUGGUGACAGCUGCCAAUUGGCGAUAUCGACCUGAGCUGAUUAAUAGAGAUCAUCAUCCAAAUUGCUAUCGCAUUCCAAGAAUGAUGACUAUGGAUGAUCGUGGGUCCGAGCAAUCUGGCAAACUUAAAGAGUUCACACGGAGUGUGAGGUUGAGCUCACAGUAAAUCAUACCCUAUGGUUGAUUAUUAGGACCUGCGACAAGUGUCCAUAGAUCAACUGGCGGAACUCGUCACAGACUCAGGCGUUGUGGUUAUGGACAGUCCUGAGCUUUCAAUGGAGUUCCAGAAACGUGGCUUUGUGACUGCUGAGGGCGGCAAAGACGGCAAGAUCGUGAUGCAGAAAGGCGAGUAUGAGGCCGAGGAGAGCGACCUCAAGAGAAUGCAAAGUCUGGUGGUGGAUGCAUACGCACCUUACAGCCCCAGAGCUCCAAGAAAGACCCACCCUUUUGCAGAGGAACUUGAGAGACAUGCUCGAGUGGCUGCCCCACAGCAAAUCGUCAUGCAGAGUCCCUCUGAGCCCGAAUUCUUCAGGAAUGUAGAAGAUUUUAUUACUCUUGAAAGUGCGGAACAAGAGGUUUAUGCCGAUGUUCGCUUGCGCGCCGCAUAUUCUAGGGUAGUGGGAAAGCCAUACUUGGAGCUUCACUUGCUGCUAGAAGAGGUGCAAUUUGGGGUAACGCAGAGCUUCAACAAUCCGAACUCGCGGGGACACUUCGUGUACAGCGUUGAAAUCAAGGUGCUUCCGUCGGAAAAAUGGGCUCAUCACUGCACCCAACCCUCUGCAAAGCCUGAUGACAUGUACAACUUGCAGCGACACUCCACACUAGGGGUCUCAGAACGUCUCUCCAAAAUUUCAUUACCGGAGUUGAGUGAUGAAGAAGAUGAUGGAAAUGAUGGACGUGGUCAGGCAGCUUCUUUAUCUGCAGGCGAAUCGGUGAAACACAGAUGGUUUCCGGCGGCGUGUGAUCCCAAGAGCACUGACAAAGCGGUGCAGUGGGCAUGGAAGAUGACUGCAUGGGAUGACGGUCAACCAUUUGAUGAAGAAAACCCAACCAACUGUUGCUCGGAUGCUUUUCCUGAGCUCCCAUUUCGAAACCCGGAAGUCGUUCGCUUCAGAGAUCUCGAAGAGAUAAAUGAGGCAACGUGGGAGGUUCCCAUUGAUGCCGUGAAAGCACUUCACGGAAGGCUUGAUUGGAGCUUUGAAAUUAAGAUCUAUACAGUUUGCCUUCAACAGAAGAAGGUCUUAGUCGGCAAGGAUGUUGUUACGUACAGGAAAAAAGCUGACCGGGUGGCAUCAAAGUACAAAGGAAAGACCUCAAGAAGCAACGCUCUUAUCAUUCCAUCUCCGCUGUGAUCUCAUGAAGUUCGCCCCGCUUUCCUUCACGUCGUGGAGAUUUUGCAAAUAAUUGUCGUUCUCUCUAUGAGGCUAAAAAGGAAUACUCUUUUUGCACUAUUUUCGUUUUUACAUCGUCUUUCUGAACCUCUUUCAUUGUUUUUAUUGAAAUAAUUUCCCACAAUGCACAAACUGUUCCAAAGAUAAACUUUCUGAUAUUGACCAGGAAGAUAUCUCCCUUCUUAAAUGCAGUUCGGCUUGUUAUACA